GAUCUCUACAUCUGCUCAUACACGCCGACACUUUCGGCGCUGAUCAGAUCCAGACAGAUGAUGAAGAAUUGUGUGCCCCCAUCCUUUGUGGCGGUCGGGCAAGGUCAACCGGGCGGAGGGAAAGGCAAGGCACUCUUGGCUGUUGAUAGCGAGCUCGAUCUCGUCCAUAAGCUCGUCCCUGCGACGGUCAAUCGUUCCACUAUUUCUGGCGACGCAGCCACACGAGCAGGUGCACUCGAAGCCCUGGAACAGAUCACCUGGGUGCACCUCGCUUGUCAUGGCAAGCAGGACCAGGACCAGCCUUAUAAUUCUCAUUUCGUCAUGAAGGACAAACAUCUCACUCUCCUCGACAUCAUGGAGAAAGAUAUCCCGCACGCUGAGUUUGCGUUCUUGUCGGCGUGUCAUACCGCCGUCGGUGAUAAGGAAACGCCCGACGAAGUAAUCCAUCUCGCAGCUGGACUCCAGUUUUCGGGGUUCAAGAGCGUCAUUGGCACGUUAUGGGAGGUCGACGACGCUGUCGCAAAACACGUUGUCCAAGCUUUUUAUGAGAAUAUGGUCAAGGAUGUGGAGGAUGGCGGGUUCAUGGACUGUACGAAGGCGGCCUGGGCACUCAACCGUGCCACACACGCUGUGAAGAGCAAAGUGCCGCUCGAGCAGAGAAUGGUUUUCGUUCAUAUUGGAGUGUAG